AUGGAUCCUCAAACGGAUUUAGCGCUAUGCGAGAAGAAAUCAUAGACAAAAAUACUGGGUCAAAAUACACCAACUUAUCAACUCAAAUAAGAAGUGUAUGUGCCAAGAUAAGAAGCUAUUGAAAUCAUAAAAAGGAUCGAGCAAGAAGCCAAGAAUAGGAUAGAGUAGUAUAAGCAAUUCACGUUACAACUCAAGCAAAAGUAUGACUUGUACGAGAAGGAAUCAGAUGAAUACUAUCAACAAAUAAUCACAGAAUAGCGUGCCAAAGUUCGCGCCUAGAUCAAAGAAAAGGAGGAUUUACUCGCUAAGUUAAAAUAAGAACAAGCCCUUCAUCAAGUUGAUCUUUAAAAGCUGAGCGCUAAACUUUUAGAGAGUGAAUAAUAAUCAGAGCUAUUCUAAGAUUAGAAUCUCAAAAAUAUGAUAUUAAUAGAAUAAAAGUAGGAUUAAAUAGAUGAUCUUGAGAGUAAACUUGAUAAGCUUCAGGAGAUGUACACUGUACUAUCACAUAAAGAACCAGAAGUAAGAGAAGUCGAAAAAAUAGUGUAUGUUGAAAAGGAGGAAGAUAACUACGUUGAUCCAGAUGAGAUGAUAUCAAUCUAAAAGAAGAGAUCAGAUCAUAAGCAGAUGCUGAUCUUUUGGUAUCAGUAAUUUGAGAGAGACAAUGGGAGAGCUCCCGAACUUAAAGAUUUUGAAUAAUGCAAAGACCAACUAGAUUAAUACUUAGCAAUGAAUAGAGCCUACACAGACUGUAAGUUUAGAUUAAUGAGAGUAGGAAAAUUUGAGGAGGAUUUGAAUAAGUUUAAGCCAAAACCAAUUCUAAAAGAAAUUAUCAGAGAAGAAAUUUAUAUCAGAGAAGAAGCACCAAAAAUUUAAUAAGAAUCUGCAUUAUCAAAAAGGAGCCAUGAGAAUUAAAGAGUGUCCCCUAAAGCUGAAGUACAUGAAGAAAUAAAAGCUAUAAAGAUGAGCUAAUAAUAGAAGCAGAAUUUCUUUGAUGAACCUGUAGAAUAAAAGCCAGACAAUACAGUUGAAUUAUUAAGCCUUAAAUAAUAAAUUGAAGUUAAGGAGCAAAGAAAUAAUGAGCUUCUUGGUCAAAUAUCAAGACUCGAAGUUUUGAUUGGUGAGAGAGUUAAUGAAAAUUAGCUACUCUUAGGCUUAUAAAAUGAACUUAACCAAAAGAAAGCUCUAAUUGAUUAGAGAGAUGACAGAAUCAAUUAACUUAUCCAUUAGGAAAAUCUUCUAGAGGAGUAAAAGUAGGGUAUAAUAAAGGACUUAGAAAAGGCAAGAAAAAUUAAUAAUUUACUACAAAAUGAAAAUAUAACUUUAAAAGAGCAAAUUGAGUUAUAGAGCUCUUAGCCUAUAGUAUCAAAGAAAGAAAUGAAUAAAUCAAAACAAUCAAGUCUUCAUUAAUCAGUAAAGUCACUUUCAUCGAAAUCUAUAGUCUCAGAGAAAUCAGAUUAACAAGAAUAAAUACCAGAUAUUUAGCCAAUAAUCAAUUUCACUUAGCCAUAAUUUCAAUAAAUACCCGAAGGGUAUAAUGUUUAAAACUAACAAUAGCAGUAAAUUCAACAAAUAUAACAGCAAUAAAUACCAUCUGAAGCAAAUAAAGAGAUGGUGAAUGAACUUAAAAGAAUAAAGAAGGAGAAUAAGAAACUUCAGGAGUAGAUAGAAAUACUCAAAAAAGUGCAAAAUUAAUAGCCAUAAAUCAUUGAAAAGUAUAUUGAAAGGGAACCUACAAUUUAAAAGAGUCCAAAGAUCGAAUAAAUAUAACCAACUUAGUUACAAUAAAUUGAAAAGAAACCAUCUGAAAAGGUAAUACCUUAGCCUGAGCCUUAUAAAGAAGUUGAACCUAAAAUAAUCAUAUAAAUAGACACUAAAUAGGUAGAUGAGCUUAAAGCCCUGAAUGAAGUAAAAGAAAAGUAAAUUCAUAAGCUAACUGAAAGUUAUCAUGAGCUUCAAUCUCAGCUAGAGUUGUUUAAAAGUACAUGUUAGGCUUAGUCAAGCUAAGCGUCUGUGCUCUAGGCUUAAGCUGAUGCUUUUCAGAAUAGAAUUUAAAAGAAAAAGGAGAAAGUGCAGAAAUUUAAAACUGAGAAAUCUAAUCUAGAGUAAAAUUUAAAAAGCUUAUCACUAAAUAAAGACCAAGAAAUAAAUUUCAUCAAAUAAAGAUAUGAGGAGUAAAUCCAAUAGCAUGAACUUGAAAUACAAUCCUUGAAAAGAGAGUAGUUAAGACUUCAAUAAAACGGUUAAUCUAGUAUCCAAGGACUAUAAGAUUAACAUCAAAAAGACAUCCAAAAUCUAAUAUAAUCUCAUUAAGCUGAGAUUGGGAAAAGAGAGGAAUCCAUAAACGCUUACAGAGUCUAGCUAGAAAAACUUGAAAAAUCCAGAAUUAAAAUGCAAGACAAGUUGACAGACCUUGAAAUAGAACUUGAGAAAAAAUCUAAAAGUGAAGUCAAACUUACAGCUAAAAUAGAGGAACUUAGCAAAAUUGAAAUCAUUAUGUAGCAAUAAUUCUAAUAACUUAGCAAAAUUGCUGGCGAGGCAACUAGUCUAAAAGAAGAAAGAGAAACACUUAUUUCACAACUAGAAGAAACUAGAAGAAUAAAUGAGGAUAUGGAAGUUAAAUAUAAGGAAGAACAGAAAAGAAGGAAGCAAUUGCACAAUGAGUUGGAAGAUAGUAAAGGUUAGAUUAGACUUUACUGUAGAGUGAGACCUCUUACUAGAUCUGAACUUGAAAGAGAGGAAUCCAAGGAUGUUGCGAUAAAAAUUCUAGAUGAAAUGAACUUAGUUGUGCAUGGUAAAAAUCAAUCUAAAAGCUACACUUUUGAUUCAGUAUUUGGACCAAAUUCUAAUCAAGAAUAGGUCUUUGAAGAGAGUAAGAGAUUAGUUUAGAGUUCCAUUGAUGGAUUUAAUGUUUGUAUUUUUGCUUAUGGUUAAACUGGUUCUGGCAAGACUUUCACUAUUCAAGGUAAUUAAGCACAUCCUGGUCUAACACCCAGAGCUAUUGAUGAGUUAUUUGGAAUUGUUAGUGGGAUGAGUUUAUUCCAGAUUGAACUAAGAUGCUAUAUGGUUGAGCUUUAUAAAGAUGAGAUCAGAGAUUUGCUUUUACCUAAGAAUGCCCAAAAAAAGCCUCUUGAAGUUAAAGAUUCAGCUACUGGAAUGGUAGUGAUAAAUGGAGUUACUGAAGUAACUUUGGGAUCAAUCGAAGAGGCUAAUCGCAUUUUCAAUUUUGGAUUGGAUCAUAGGAUGACAAGAGCCACUAAGAUGAAUGAAGCCAGUAGUAGAUCUCAUUUAAUCUAUUCAAUCAUCAUUGAUUCCAGAAAUACAUAAACAAGAGUUAGAACAAUUGGCAAAUUGUCAUUCGUAGAUUUGGCUGGUUCAGAAAGUGCGAAGAAAACUGGAACAGACAAAGAUGGUUAAGAGGAAGCUAAGGCAAUUAAUAAAUCACUCUCAGCUCUAGGUAAUGUUAUAGAAGCAUUAUCAAAGGGCUCAAAGCAUAUUCCUUAUAGAGAUUCUACCUUGACAAAAGUUAUGAAAGAUUCAUUGGGAGGUACAGCUAAAACACUUAUGUUUGUAAAUGUGUCGCCCUCCAUAUAUAAUGAAAGUGAAAGCAAAAACUCAAUGGAUUACGCGACGAGAGUAAAGAAAAUCAAGAACUAGGUAAAGAUAAAUGUUGAAACAAGAGAAACGUCUCAUCUGAAAUAAAUGGUUGUUUAGCUGGAGAACGCAUUAGAAAAAUAUAAGGAAGUUAUAAUGAGAUCCAAUAUGGCUUCAGAGCUGGAUAAUUUGAGAGGACUACUCUCGAGUGUAUAAUUUGACUAACCCUCUUCCUAAGUUGCUAGCGUGAUGGAUAAAGACGGGGGAGAUCCUGAUGAAUUAUGA